GAUAUGUACCGUGGAUGGAAGUCCAUGGUUACGUCUGUGGAGUGUGUCCACAGAAUCCAUCACCCAGUUUCUCACACGAGCCAUUACAAUUCUUUAUUUUGCAAUUUAUCAUCAAACACGAAUAAUCAAAAAAAUAACAUUUCGAUCAAGCUCAAAGUCUAGAUGUUCCAAUUGUCGCGUCACGGAGGCGAAUAGCUUGCGUAAACUCAUCUGUAUAUGUAAACGGGAAAUAAUUGAUAAACCAUCGAAAACCUUUGGAACGUGAAUAAGUGCAAUUUGAAGAAUGAAAUAAUCAUUCGGAGGUCGAUGAUUUUUGGAGUUCGAAGCCGUGAGAAAUGAAAUUUGUGCCUGGUGAUCGAACAACCACUGGUCAAGAUUCCGCCUCCUUGUCACGCUCAACCUCAAGGUCAGAAGAAAAGUGACGCGUCAGGAUUACAAUUCUUUUUUGUCCUUCGAACAAUGCAAUCGACACAACGAUCAACCAAAAGUUUAAUCUCGACCCGAAAUGAGACUGAAAAUCCGGACGAUUGAACGAACAGGAAAAUCAAAAAAUCUUGAGUAGCAAUAGAAUUAAAAAAAAUGAGACUGCAAAUCAAAAUAAAAGUUUGACAUUGGGAGGAGGAAAAAAAAUGAAGACUGUCAAAUUGAAAGUUUGGAUAAAGAAGGAGAAAAGACCGGGAUUGGGAAUAGUGCCAAUUGUUAAGAGAUAGCAUCAAGGGGUUGUUCGAAUAAUAAAAAAACAACCCCGCGCGAGGGGGAGGGCCUUAGGGGAUAAAAAAUAAAAAAUGGAAUCCUCGAACGUGCCGAAGACAUCAAAUUGGCCGGCAGUCGAGAGCGAUAUUCACGGUUACGUGGGGGAAAAUAAUACGGCAAAGGGCAAAAGGCUCGGCGAGGUGGAAACAACGAUGAGAACGACGACGACGACGACGACGAGCGAGGUGGGAAACAACAAGGACGAACAAGCUGAAAGUUCAGGCAGCGAAGCGGAAACAGAACCGGCGAGAAGCUUUCAUCGCAAGCUCAGCACCAACAGAGCUAUAAAAAAUGCGAUAUGUUGGACAAAGGAAGGAUUUCUAAUGAAGCAAACAUGGUCGUUUCAACGAUGGCGAAGAAGAUAUUUCAAGUUACGAGACAGAACGUUGUACUACGCGAAAGAUACGAAGGACACGAUCUUCGAUGAAAUCGAGCUGACGGAUCUCACACUCGCAGAAUGCAGCACUAAAAACGCCAAUCACAGCUUCCAAGUGAUAACGCCAUUCAGAUCGCUAGUCCUCUGUGGUGAAAGUAGACAAGACAUGGAGGAGUGGCUGGGCGCUUUGAGAACAGCUGGCGAAGGUCGUCCUCAAGGUGAUGCCGGAACUGCCGAAUUAUUGGGUGGCAAUCAUCACUGGUAUGCCACGAGCCAUGCUCGGCCAACUUAUUGCAAUGUUUGUCGAGAUGCGCUCUAUGGUGUAACUUCGCACGGUCUGAGCUGUGAAGUUUGUAAAUACAAGGUGCACAAAAGAUGUAGCACCAAAGCAAUAAACAAUUGUAAGUGGACCACAUUAGCGUCGAUCGGUAAAGAUAUCAUCGAGGACCAAGAUGGGAACAUACAAAUGCCGCAUCAAUGGAUGGAAGGCAAUUUGCCAGUGUCCUCGAAGUGUUUUGUUUGUGAUAAGACGUGUGGUUCUGUGCUCAGGCUUCAGGAUUGGCGGUGUCUGUGGUGCAGGACAACAGUGCACACGGCAUGUAGGCCAGCUAUAAGCGUUACAUGUCCAUUAGGACCGUCGAAACUCAGCGUCGUACCUCCCACGGCGUUACACAGUAUAGGUAGCGACGAAGCUUGGGAGGCAGUUCGACCCAACGGUUGCAGUCCACUUUUAGUUUUCGUAAACAGCAAAUCAGGUGACAAUCAAGGCAUCAAGUUCCUGAGGAGAUUCAAACAAUUAUUGAAUCCUGCACAAGUAUUUGAUCUCAUCAAUGGUGGCCCUGGACCAGGGCUAAGAUUGUUUCGGCAUUUCGACCCCUUCCGGAUUCUCGUAUGCAGCGGAGAUGGCUCCGUUGGUUGGGUACUCUCCGAGAUCGAUCGGUUAGGAAUGCACAAGCAAUGCCAGGUCGGUGUGUUGCCGCUGGGAACCGGAAACGAUUUGGCACGUGUAUUGGGAUGGGGAGCUUCGUGCGAUGACGAUACGCACUUGCCCCAAUUGUUGGAGAAAUAUGAGAAAGCUGGUACAAAAAUGCUCGAUCGCUGGAGCAUCAUGACGUUUCAACGUAGCAUAUCGUUGCAGUGUCGUAAAAUGAGCCUCAAUCAGACUGAAUUGUCGUUGAACGUGUCGAUGGUACAUCAAUACGAGGACAAUGCUACUUCCCAUAUUGCCAAUAUUCUUCAAUCGGACCAAGACCCCAUCAUUAUAUCUAGUGCCAAAGUUUUGUGCGAAACCGUGAAAGAUUUUGCGACGCGUGUUCUCGAAGCGAGUAUGAAUGUGGGCGAUGAGCAGCUGGGUGAAAAAUGUGUGGUCCUCCAACAAAAAUUGGAUCUUUUGUUGCAAACGUUGAACAACGAGGAAAAUUGUUUUUCCGAUAAUACUACGGAGGACGCUGAGCUCGGUACCACACUGAAAGACAACGACGCUUCGCCAGGCUUUCUGACGGGACAAGAAAAAGGAGUUCUGGAAAAACCAGAGAAGGAUAUUACGAAUUUGAAACGUGUGAGAAAGAGAAAGGACAGAAAGGAGAAAGAAGCCAUGCUCGCAAGGGCCAACAGUUUGAAAAGAGCAAUCAGGCAACUGGUUGAGCAUACCGAACUCGUAAUUGACGAUCACAACAAUCCUGGAAAAGGUUUCAAAAAGGCCCCAAAUAUUACAGUCACUGAUGAUACAUCAAAUACGUUGACUCGUAAAGAUAAGAAGGAAAAGCUUGAAUUGCUUGGAUUGACAUUAGAGCAAUCGGAAAACCUGUGCCCAAUGCCGACAAUCCUGUCGGCAAAUAGUAUGGAAAUAUCACCUUGCCCGAGUCCAACACCAAAUUUGGCAUCUCUGAGUCCGAUGCCCGAUUUAAGGCGGGAUUCUCAAGCCGAAGAAAUGUUGACUCUGCCAGCACCCGAUGGAUUCGCCGAUAGUCGACGAAAUAGUUCUAAUUUGCCAUCCGAUGGUUUGGCUGAUAGUAGACGAAAUAGUUCCAAUGUUCCUCCAGAUUCUACAUUCAAUUUCAUGCGACCUUCGGCACUGAUAAAAGCGAGCGAACGUGAGGAAAUAGCGAAUUUCGAGCAUCGACAGAAUUCAGAACCGACACAACUGGAAACACCGACGGACGUGCAAAUCACUGUGACAAGUACGACUCUGGAUACGAGCUCGCGUUCGGAUGAUACGACGAUCCAGGACGCUCUAAUUUCCCCGGAUUCUGACUCUAGCGCCAAUAUCUCAACCGGUUGUAUUCACCGACCAGAAGUCAACAACAGUGGGCCACAUACUUACGUUUCUCGCAGCAGUUGUAGCAACAGCAUAGUCAGCUCCGAUAGCCUUGUCUCCGAUACACUCGACUCCAAAAGUUGUACAGUCAAGAACAGCGAAAGUGAAAUUGGACACAUAGACAGUGAUAUAUUGGAUUCGACGAAGCGUUCGGAGAUGUCGGAAAUGGGACACAUUGAUUCGCCAGAGAACUCCGAGAUGUGCGCCAGUGAGAUACAAACUUCGGAAAGUAUGAUCGACGAUUUGAGCUCCCUGGGACAAGACUUGAUAAGCACUAUGCUCGGUGAGAAAUACGACUCGGUCAGGGAAUGUAUCGAGUAUGAGCAUAAUACGGGAGAAAGGGCGAGAAAAUAUUGUAGCUUGGCACAAUUUGUUGAAGGGAACGAUAUAGCAAGGCGUUCGUUCAAAAGACCCUCGCGUUACACGAGCAUUCUCUCCAAAGAGAAUUCCAAGACAAAAGCAACAGGAACCAUAGGAGAAGGAGGAGAAACUGCGUUGGGGUUGGACGACGGAGAUGCGAUAUUGCGAGAGAAUUCAAUGGAAAACGAGCGAACGAGCGAUCUUCUCAAUCCGGUGUGUUGUUUCAACGUGACCUCGGACGAAUCAGGAACGAAUGAAAACGAUGGAGCGAAUUUUCCACCGGCCAUAAGCGUGAUCGUUGAUCCACCCAGUCCAUCGAUGUCAAUAGAGAGCCGAAAUGAUCUUUCGCCGGGCUGCAUCGACGUUCCAGAAUCGAAUUUACGGCGAUACAGUGGCGGUAGCAUGGAAAAAUUGAGCGUAGAAUUGCCGGAAACAGGCUUUUCACCCCAAGCGACACGUCGUAUAAGCAGCGGAAGUUUGCUGAAAGCAUCCGAAGUCGUUUCCCUCGCCGCUUCCACCGCGAGACUCGGUGGCUCCAAUAUGAGCUUACGCCACGAUCGAGCAAAAUCUGUCGAUAAAUCUGAGGAUGUUAAAAAAUUGCCCAUCAUUAAUCCACUCGUGCAGUUACCAAUGUGGCCGAACGUGAGUGGUGGUGCGGGCCUCAUUAGUCAAGCUCUUCUCGCGAAUGCUGACGCUCUCUGUGCGGCUGUCUCGCCUCUCAUGGAUCCUGACGAAACUUUGAUGGAAGGUUACUUCGAACGAUGUGUGAUGAAUAAUUAUUUUGGUAUUGGUAUCGAUGCCAAAAUAAGUCUCGAUUUUCAUCACAAACGCGAGGAACAUCCAGAAAAGUGUCGAUCUCGAGCGAAAAAUUAUAUGUGGUAUGGAGUUUUGGGCUCGAAACAAUGGCUUCAAAAAACUUACAAAAACCUGGAACAGAGAGUUCAACUAGAGUGCGAUGGACAGAGAAUUCCAUUGCCUUCUCUGCAGGGCAUAGUUGUUCUCAAUAUUCCAAGCUUCAUGGGCGGAACGAAUUUCUGGGGAGGAACGAAGGAGGGCGAUUUAUUUUUGGCACCUUCUUUCGACGAUCGUAUUUUGGAAGUGGUUGCAGUAUUUGGUUCUGUACAAAUGGCUGCAUCGAGAUUAAUCAAUUUGCAACAUCAUCGUAUCGCCCAAUGUCAAACGGUUCAGAUAAAUAUUCUCGGUGAAGAGGGUGUUCCCAUACAAGUUGAUGGCGAAGCAUGGAUUCAACCCCCAGGAAUGAUAAGAAUUAUUCACAAAAAUCGUAUGCAAAUGCUAUAUCGAAAUCGAGCCCUGGAAACAUCACUCAGAGCCUGGGAAGAGAAGCAACGUAGCAGCAAUUCCACAGCAGUUUCGCAGUCGACCUCGACCUUAAGCAACGCGUCGCAAUCGUGUUCCCGAACGCAGUUGAAUAUUGACGGAAAACCGAUACAACUUUACGAGGAGGAACACAAUAUUCUUAUCGGUUUUAUCGAGGUCGUAACAACCCUCGUUAAAUGGGUCAAAUUACUCAUUAUUUCACAUCCAAGUCUCGAGCCCGAUCUCUAUCAAAUUGCUGAUCGAACUGCCGUUAGCCUUGAAAAAGUUCAUCCCGAAGGCAAAAUUAUAGAAGGACCGAAUUUGAGACCCGUCAUUACAGAUCUGGUGUCAAAUGCUCGACAGCUCUAUGAAGAAUCCUGUGAACUUCUUAGAGACAAAGCUCAAAAUUUGAGAUUACGAGAAGACUUGGAAAACAAAUUAUCACUGUCGUUGGCGGCGAUGGAACAAGAAUUGCGAAAGUGCGUUUUCGAUGAGAGAGGAACAGGAAUGGUUUAUUUGCAAAACGUUGCGUCGGACGAUCAGGGUGACAAAAAGAAUCGUCAUCGUGGUUUGUUCUGGUUGAAGUUUCGACGUUCUGGUGGCGGUACUGCCAAUCAACUGGCACGCGAACAAGUUACAAAUUGGUCGGUACAGGACGUUUGUGUUUGGCUCGAGAAUCUCCAACUUGGCGAGUACACGGAAAAAUUUGUUUCUCACGACAUUCGAGGACGUGAAUUGCUCACGUUGGCUCGACGCGAUCUCAAAGAACUCGGAAUCAUCAAGGUCGGUCAUGUCAAGAGAAUUCUUCAAGCUAUCAAUGACCUCAACAAUUAAUUUUUACUUUUUAUCCAUUCAUCCUUUCUAUUAGAUAAAUUAAUAAUUUAAUUUAUACUCCUUAAAAUACUCAAUCCUCCGUAAGAUGGGAAAAAAUUCUGAAAACACGAAUACCAAAAAUCAUCCAAAAUACAACGAUUUAUAUUACCUCAAUAGUUAGUUUCAAUCUUUUUCGUCAUUAUUUUCAAAGUACUUCCAUCAAAUUUUCAUUCAAAAAUAAUAUGUAUACUCGAAACUUCGAAAUACGACCAAAACCUGAAAAUCGAAUUCAAAGCUACGAAUACUGAACAAAACAUACAAACCGCGCGAACAAACGCGGAAAAAAUCUUAUUUUUUUUGUGUCAAAUCAAAAUGAUUAUGAUUUUUCUUAUCUUAAAGAACUUAGCGAAUAGAAAAUUAGUAAUUUCCUUACGCCUACGAUCUUGCCCUGGCAAAUCUCAAAAUAUCGAUUUGACGAUCCAGCUCCCGUUGUUUUGCUCUUCGUGGUUGAAAAUUCAAGCAUGCGAUUAUUUUUCUUUUAAAAUUGAUAUGCAAAUUCCAUUUUUUCAUCCUUUGCAUAUGUAGUACAACGCUUGGAACUGGUCACGAUUUACUCAAACAAUUAUUGAGAUAGCAAUAACAGUAUUAUAAUUCUGCGUUUUUCUUUUUGAAAUCGUAAAUAAAAAAUCGAAAAAACGCAGGUGAUUUUGUCCUAAUGUUAACGUGAACUAAUUUUUAGUCGUUUUUAUGCUCGUAACAAAUCGUGCGAGCAUUGUUUUUUAUUAUUAAUCAAUAUUAUCGUUAUUAUUGUUAUAAUUAGUAAAUUAUUAUUCGCGUAGGUGCUGUUUCGAAUAAAUCAAGCUAGAUGCAAUCGAAUGAGUGAUGAAUAUUUUCAAUAAUUUUUUCACUUGUCCAUUGGAAAUUUAACAAGGAAGAAUAAAUAUGAUGAAUUUGAAUGUGCCGUGGUAAAUUGGAGUUGCAAUAUUUACGUACUAAUAACUUCGAUUCAAAAAUUGCUUCAUCCGCGUUCCGUUUAUGAAAAUUCAUCACUCGUUCGAUUUUCGGAAGAAAUUAAACUUAUUUUCGAAAACUAAGUAAAAUACUUAUAGUAUUCGAUUAUCAAUAUCUUCCCGACUCGUAAAAUUAGGAAUUACGAUUAAUUCGAAGAAAAAGUAAACUCGUGGCGUAAUAAAUUGUAACGUGAUGAUUAUAGAAAAUAAGUUUCUAGAGAUCUCUUUCUUUUGUUAUUUCGAGACAUCAUUUUUUUCGUGUCUCGAAAUGAAUUUUAAAAAGAACUGUUUUAAAGGAUAUAUUCCGAAGGAACACACGUUAAGAGCAGAAAAAGUAGAGGAAAAAGGGAACUAAAAGUGUCUUCUCUCCGUCUAAUUUUCGUUGAUGCGAAGCAAAAAAGUAAAAAAAUGUUUCGCACAACUCAAAAAUAUGCCACUCGGACAGUAUUAUAAUUAAAUUUAACACUAUAUAUCACAUUUAUUAGAAGAAAAAUACUUUGAGACAAAAAAAGUCAACUUUUAAUCGGAGUUUGGGCCAAAAAAAGAGGAAUAUGAAUAGAAAAAAAAACAAGAAGUCCCCUAAUUUUGAAACGAAGACACUAACUUUAGAUGGUAUCUUAGAGGAAGAAAAGACCGAAAACCCUACAGAAAUGUCUUCUCGUCUGAAAUCGAUGAAUCAUCGAUAUUUUUUCUCAGCAAGACUUAAUACGUUUGAAAAGAAAGGGAAAAAUUAAAACAAAACCAAAAAAUACACGAAAAUACUAAAUAAUAAUUUACAUCUGACAAAUUCUGUGAUAAUCUUAUUAAUAUGUAAAAUUCUACACGAUAUAUGAGCGACGAAUGAAAAAAAAACAUGAUGGAAAAAAACUAAAAAAAAAAUGUUUUUUGAGCUGUCUCGUAAAUAAUUACCUUGUGAUAUAAGUACACAUCUUGUUAUAUCGCUAUGCUCGGCACACUUGUCAUUUUAGCCAUAUUAAAUUGUCAUGAGUUUUCAUGAUGAAAAACAAAAAAUUAACAAUACAAAGACUUUUUUCAAAAAACUAAAAUUGUGCACGAAAUUCAUAACGUUGAAAAAUUAUUUCAAAAAUCUCGAGAGUGCAAUCUAAUUACACUCGCGUGUCUGUUGUAUUCGAUUCUAUAUUUAAGUACUUGAAAUAUAGAAAAAAAAAAACAAUUGUUACAAAAAAAAAGAAAAAAAACAAAUGAUAAUAAUACAUAAUUACCACAACGUCAUUUAAUGUACUUUGAACUUUUCACUUUACGCAUACACAAUGUUAAUUCGUAAUAAAAACUUGCUUUUCAAAACCCCCUUAAAA